AUGGUGUCAUUAUCCACUACUGCUUAUCCUGUAGCCGCGUCUACGAGCUACGUAACAGAACAAAAGCCACCAGCCGACGAGCCAUAUAUACCCACUUUCUUCUGUCGUGCGCUCUACGACUACCAGACCGCGGACGCCUCGUCCCUCUCAUUCCGCAAGAACGAUAUCAUCGAAGUUCUCACUCAGCUCGAGUCUGGAUGGUGGGAUGGUCUCUUAGGAGACGAACGCGGCUGGUUUCCUAGUAACUAUGUCACCGUCAUAUCCGACCAGGAGGCAGAGGCCGCUCUUGGCCCGUCGGAGGCGAUACCCUCUCAGCCGGACGAUUCGUUGAUAGUCUCACAGCAGGACCGCGAUGGUGAAUGGAUGGGCAGCGAUGUAGACAUUCAUAAUUAUGCGAAUGGUCGCCCUCAUACAAAUGGGAAGUCUGCACACGACUUCUGGGUGCCCCAAGUCUCCCAAGACGGCCGAAUCUUCUACGUCAACACACAAACUGGCCAGCAUUCGAGAGAUUUGCCACAGGAGGUGGAGGACGACUCUGAAACAGAUCUCACUGGAUUAACAUCCCAAAUAUCUACACUUGCAGCAACCACAGCGACCGCAGGAUUUGGUGUUUCGUCCAAGCGUUCGCACCUACCGGAACCUUGGGUGCGACGACUGGCUGAUGAUGGCCUAUCCUAUUACUACAUCAACAAGCUGAACGGGACGGUUUCAUGGACAUCUCCGCAAUCAGAGCUCUCCUCGAGAAAUGGGAAUGGUGUACAGCGUUUGCGAUCGGGUUCAGCAACGAGCAGCGUUCAUUCUGAUGACUCCGAACUAUUCCCUACGCGGCGUGAGCGGUCUGGGUCGUCCGCGAGCGUCUUUGCUGCGGGAGUACCUCGACGUCAGGUCGAGCUCGCACCUGCAGAACAACUUGCGCAAGAGCUGCAGCAGGCGCUGACAGCCUCAGCAGAGGAAUCGCCUAUGGAAUUGUCAAAUCGUGUCCGAGAAGCAAUCGCAAGCGUGUCAGAAAUUAUGCCACAUGGUGGGAGUGGACUCAGAAGAGCCGACCAGGGCACUGAGAUAGACCAACGGGUGUUGGAGGUCGUUCGCGCGGUGCGCGACCUGUUAUACGUGACGGCGACGCCUUCAGGGCACAUCCCAAGUCAUUUGUACCCGCGCGAGACGCGAGACGCGCGGCAGGGAUCCGCUAAUCAAUCAUUGCAGUCGCAUCUGAAGGGUACGCAACGGAAAGUCGCGGGGACACUCUCAAAGCUAGUUUUAUCGGCGCUGGCAAUGCAGUAUGAUCCGGGCCUUUCGACCGGUGACAAACCAAACCGAAUGGAAAGUGAUAUAGUGGAACUCGAACGUGCAAUCGUUGCAAUCGUUACGGAAGUACACUAUUUCCAGGAAAAAAGUGUACAGCCCCAGAAUCAGCCCGUCGCGGGUCUGAAACGGCUCUAUGGAAUGUUUUCAACUGCGAACAUCGGCCUUGGACUUCCAGGUGCCGGUCAUGCUGGGAGCUGGCAAGGUUUCGGCUAUGUGUCAUAUAAUAAUCAGGCACAGUCGCCCCUUCGCAGCCUCGCCGCUGAUCAGAUCUCUGAGCUCAAAGUCAUCGCGAGAGCACUUGUAGAGAAGCUUGGUGCGGUGACUGCGUCGUUAAAGCGAUCUGAUUUUGAACCAGGUGGGUAG